AUGAUGGGCGAGAUCCGCAGGCUGUAUCGCGAAGCGUGCGAGGAGGCGGUAGCCGCAAGGGAGAACGUGCUGCGCGCCAGGCUGCCUGUCGAAUCGACGCAGCUCGCCUUGCAGAACCAAACAUAUGAGCGGAACCACCUGGUUGCAGAGGUCGAGCGAUGUAGAGCAUUCAGGUCAAUAUAUCAAGAUGCUGAGCUGCACACUGUCGACGAGUUCUUUGCUCUCGCGCCGCCAGAGGAGACCGAUCCGAGCGUGGUUUACGACGAGCACUCUACGAUGAUCGCGCGGCUAAAGUUCGAACUCUCCGAGCGCGAAAGGUGCGUCCACCAGCACCUGUUCCGCCGGUAUCCCCGGAAAGAAUACACGUUCCAGAAUAUUUGA